CUUCAAUUCGCAGCGGCGAGCGAGCUGCUGUCCGUCGUCCCUCCGCCCGUCCGGUGCGCAUCCAGCCGGAGGGACGGACGCAACUUUCGUUGGGUGUCCUUCAUCUCCUCCCCUGCUCAUCCGGAGAUCGUCACCGACGGCGUUUUCUCCCGCGCGGACGGGGAGACGGACACUUGAUUUCGGAGCUCGCCGUCAUGGCCAAAAGUCCGGAGGUGAAACUGGCCGUCUUAGGUCGAGCGGGGGUGGGCAAGUCAGCGUUGGUGGUGAGGUUUCUGACUCGACGCUUCAUCUGGGAGUACGACCCGACACUUGAGUCCACCUAUCGCCAUCAAGCCAAUAUUGAUGAUGAGGUCGUCGCCAUGGAGAUCCUGGACACAGCGGGCCAGGAGGACAACCAGCAGAGGGAAGGUCACGUGCGUUGGGGCGACGGCUUCGUGGUCGUGUACGACAUCACGGACAGAGGAAGCUUCGAGGACGUGGCGCCGCUGCGGAGUCUUCUCGAAGAGGUCAAGAAGCCCAAAAACGUGCCCCUGGUCCUGGUGGGCAACAAGCGCGACCUGGACCACGUGCGGCAGGUGAGCACCGAGGAGGGCGAACGCCUGGCGGCCGAAAUGGCCUGCGCCUUCUACGAGUGCUCGGCGUGCGCCGACGAGGGCGGCGCCGUGGCAGAGGUCUUCCACGAGCUGUGCCGCGAGGUGAGGCGGCGCAAGGCCGUGCAGGGCAAGGCCAGACGGCGCAGCUCCACCACACACGUCAAGCAGGCCAUCAACAAGAUGCUGACCAAGAUCAGCAGCUAGGGGAGGCUCCUGGGAAUGCCAAAUAAUCACAAGAAAACAAACUUUCUCUGGUGACUGUCUCCCAAAUGGACUUGAUGGGACCGCGCUAGGUUCUCAUUUUCACCAAAAAGUGAACUAUAUCGCGCCUUUGGCGCACACUCCCCGGAAAAUGUACAAGGGACCCCGAUAAUUACGUAUGUGCAUAAAAGCCCAUCGUACCCCGACACGCAGAAAUGGACUCCUGUUGGAGAUAAUAUUGUCACCUAAUGGAUUUAUUCCGGGAAAUCGUCCAGAUAUGAGAUAGUUCGUCCAUCACCGUUUCACUAAUUAAGCGAGUUCGCCGCAUAGUUCCGAUUGACCAGCGGAUGAGCGGCUCGCGCUCUCUGUCGUAUCUGUGGGAAUAUACAGUAAUAGGUGUGUGUAAAACGUGAAAACAAAAAACAACAUGUCUGUCAACCUACAGAAAGACCUAGAAAAGUUCAAUGCCUGCCUCCUUAUUGGAUGAGCUGUCAUUGUAGACACUAUAUUGCAGAAGGACACAGAGCGUCCUCCGUCAGCCGACCUGCGGUACGAAGGGAAACCAUCCAAUUCGUGCUCACGUGCAUCGCGCUCGCCGUGUGCCGUCCUAACUUUAAUAUAUACUGCGUUCUCCGGUAUGUAAGCCUUAAGCACUGCUGCUGCGUCGUAGCUGACGUGCGCUGAGAGAUACUGUAAUGGCUCCAACGUAUUCAACCUGUGUGUGUUUUUCUGUACGCGACUUGUCCAGCUGAUGUGCACUUAACAAUUAAAAAAGGAGAUGCGCUGCAACCGCUUUAUCUGGCUCGGGCCGCGUUUGCUUACUCGACAAAUGUCGCCGGUCGCGCUGCCCGCGGCGAACGGGAGGAAAAAAACGGACGGCGGAAAAUGUCACAUUUCCGCUUCACGUUUAACACUCUGAACUCAUUAGCGACAGCAGAUACGGCGGAAAUAGUCCCGUUUUGACAUUUAUGCUUGUUGGAAACAAAAAGCCGUCUGUGUGAGUAAAUGGCCAUUUGAACUCGUGUGUUUUAAUCGCAGCUGGAACUUUAAUACAGACAUCAACAGCCUGCUACCUGUAUUAUGAAAUGUUCAUGUACACAGAAGCCACGAUGACUAUUACAGAAAAGCAGACUAACGCCUCAAGGAGACCUGUAAAAUGGAAAACUCGCUUUCUUUCUGCAUUGGAGAUCAGCGCAGCUUUUCCGGCCGAAGAUAGUUUAGGCGGCGAAUCUCAGAUUUUCACGAGAGAAAUGCCGACACGUUGGAAGUCGGACGGGUUUUGGCACCCGACCGAAAAAAAGCCACUGAUGUUCAACUCCGUGCGGGGAGUCGGCGUCGCUUUCAUAGCUGUAUAUAUUUGUCAAUCAUUUAUUAUUUGGCAAUCAAAAGCCCUUUCUCGAGAGUCUUGUAUUUGCUCUUUAUAGUUUAAAGUGUCACAAAAGCAAACAAAUGUGAGCGUCAACGUUGUUGUUCUGCUUCAUGAGGUUCAACACCUACUUUUCUCUGCUUUUUGGUCAGAAAACACUGUUUUUGGUGAAACCAACCCAUAUUCUACUGCUGAUGACUAAAAAAAAAAAAUAACAAAUAAAAAAGCUAGAAACAAACAUUUUUUUCCGUGUUUAGGUAGGUUUUGUAGCAGGCACGCUGAUGACGACAGAGCCUCUAAAAAGUUUCCAUGUUCUGGCUCCUUUGGACGCCGGAGCAAAUGGCGCCCGUGGGCGCAGAUGGCGGAAAGCGCGGGCAUAAAUCAUCAGUGACUGAGUGCCGAAUGACUAAAACGACUUUUCGCAAAGUUGUCAUUGACGUCACGCUUUGUGACUUUUUCAGCUCGCUUGGGUGUGCUGUCCUCUUUUUGUUGUUUGACUUAUUAUUAUUAUUGUAUUUUUUUUUUCUUGGGUCUCCAGACCCUCGGCGUAGCGUAACCGUGACAACCAAGUGAUGACUUCCCCACUACGAGGACAGAAAACAUUCCAGCUUCUGCGACAUUCUUUGGGGUCGGUUGCGCUUAAUGAAAAGAAAUGGAUUUAUGAUGUUUGAUAAAUCACUUGUUGAUAAGACUGAGGGUGACCCGAACGUGGCAGUGACUUUGCGCCUCGUUUGCCUCAGUGCCGGAGUAACAAAUGACGCCGCUUUAUAUUCUCAAGACGUGUGGGAUGUGCCGAUUCGCUGGACGUGACGAUCGCUCUGCCGAUGUCAUUAACGUCUCCCCGGGGGUAAACAAAUGUCUCCGGUGUGCAAAGAACUCUCUCGUGUACUUGCAAAAAGACUAAUCUCGCCUUACUUCCUGUUUGGAUAAAAUCAGCUCCGCCUCCAUUUGGGCACACGUUGAUAAACAACCCCGAGAGCGGCGAGAAGGACAGAGCGCGGGAGAUUGGGAAAACAGUGCAAAUAUUUUAACGUGCAGACAAACUAAUCCCAGGAAGAUGAUAAAAGCGCUUUCCUGCGGCGUUUAUUUUGUAUGCUAACCUCUUGAUGACAUUUUUCCAUUAUGAGACAGAAAGAAAGGAAUUUGACUUUCCUGGCGAAAAGGGAACUAAAAGCCCUGCACAGAGGAGUAAUGUUCCCCUUAUAAACAUUUCCACCAUCCAAAGUAGUCCCGCUCUGCUUUUUUCAGCUCUUACAAACAACACAGUUCUUCUUUAAGUGGCUGACUUGUUCAAGUCGAGUUUACUUCCACUGAAUCGCUUAAGAAGGCAACGUGAUCCGUUUGACUUUAAGGUCACCAUCGUCAAGAUGUUUUUUGGGUGCUUAGAAAGCGGGUGACGUUUGGAUUUGGAACAUUUUGUGCCAAAAACACAAUCUCAUCUUCAGUUUGGAUUUUUUUCCAAUGCUCGACGGAACGUUCCUAAUGGAGUCACCGACCUUUUGGAAACUGACAGCUUCUUCUAGGGUACCGAUGAAUGCUACCGGUGUGAUACACGCUUACCUUGAAUUGCAGUCCCCUUCAAA